AUGAAAGGACGUAAGAGUUCUGCAUCUAAAUUCGAUAGAAAAGAGUUUGAUUAGAGAACAUUAAGUGCUGCAGUGAAUUUGAUCGUUUAUGGGUGUCAUGUUCAAAAAUAUAAUAAAUCGAAUAGAAAACCGAUAUCUAGAUUAUAUUAUUUAUAUGAGGAGGACAUGGAUUAUUUAUAAUACUUACAUGCAGGCAGACCAUUUACACAAUGUAGAAUACCAUUGUUAGAUAUCAUCGAAUUAAGAGAAAUUCCAACAACAGAGUCAUUCUAAAAUUUACCUUAUCAAAGAACUCUUUAAAUAACAUUUGCGAGCAAAAAGCAUACAAUUUUAUUUAACACAAAGAAUGAAAGGGAUCUAUUUUGGCAAGGCUUAUAAUAUUUUAUUGAUGUGGCAGAACAUAAUUUGAUUCGAGAUAUAAAAAGCACGAAUGAUAAUCAAAUAGUUGAAUAAAUCACCUUAAAAUAAAUUAAAGGAAUGCUACCAUAAUUGUCAAUCACAAAAUAAGAACUUAAAAGCCUCUUUAAUCAAUACGAUUUGGAAAGAAGAGGAUUCAUUUCCAGCUCUGAUUAUCAAGAUUUGCUCAAAAGAUUGAUGAAUCAGGAUUUCGUGCGAUUUAUAUUCGAUAAAUAUGCAGUGUAAUAAAUGAACAAAUAAGAAUUUAUUAAAUUCUUAACAAAUGAAUAAUCUCCAAAUCAAAAGCAAUGUGAAGACGCAUUUAGAUUGUUCGCCAAAUAAGAUGGAAACAACUAUUCGUUAUCUUUCUUAGAAUUCUUAAAUUAUCUUCUAAGCACUUACAAUUAAUUGUUUGAUUAUCAAAAAACAUAAAUCUAUUAAUCUGAGGAUUAUCCUUUGACUGAUUACUGGAUAAACUCUUCUCAUAAUACUUAUCUAAUGGGUGAUUAAUUGACAAGUGAAAGCUCCAUUCAAGCUUACAUAAAUGCCUUUCAAAAGGGUUGUCGAUGUGUAGAGUUAGAUUGUUGGGAUGGAGAUAAUAAUCAACCAAUCAUUUAUCAUGGAUUCACAAUGACUUCAAGAAUAUCAUUUGAAUCUGUCAUUCAAACCAUCAAGGAAUAUGGAUUUAAAUAUUCUAAAUACCCAUUGAUUCUCUCCCUCGAAGUCCAUUGUUGUGUUAAGCAGUAGGAUGUUAUGGCAGAUAUUUUAAAAACCUAUUUAAAUGAAAAUCUCUUACUUUUACCAGAUGAUUAUAAGUCUUCUGAAUACUAUCCAAAGCUAAAUAAGCUAUAUUACAAAGUAAUCAUAAAGCAUCGAGGCAAGAUGAAAUCGAGUUUACAAUAUCGAGAAAGAUUCAUAUCUAUAUCUCCAAUUAAUAUAUUUUAGCCCAAUUUUGAAGAAUCUGAAAGUCCUGACAUUCUUAAAAGACCAAGCCUAUCAAUAUAGGGUGAUUAAUAAUAAUUAAAUACUCCAACCACUCUGAAACCAAGAUCUUAAAAGUCAUUCAAGAGACAAGAUCAUGGAUUACCUAUGCUCUAACUUAGAAACACUAUUAAUCCGUUUUAGAUAGAUGAGGAGAUGAAGCCGAAUAAAGUAAUACACAAGACUAAAACAGAGACUACACUAAGACCUAAAUACAAGAUCUCAAAUAUUGAAACUUAGUUUUAAUUUGAUGCACCUAAUCCAAGAUGUUAAAUUGUGCAAUUACCGUUAAAGGUGGAUUCUGAUGAAGACAUAUCUAUUGACAAAGCGAAAAAAGAGAAAGCUGAAAGUCUCAAGAUGAGUUCAAUAACAGCAUUAUUUGGCGCUGCAAUUAAAUAACAAAAUAGAACUGUUUGGGAAAUCUCUUCUUUGGAUGAAAGUAAAGUCAAUGAAAACUUGCUUGAUUUUCAUAGAAGAUACUUCACUAGAAUAUAUCCAUCUGGGUCUCGAGUAGAUUCAAGCAAUUAUGAUCCUAUUCCAGCAUUUAAUAGUGGAUCAUAAAUAGUGGCACUCAAUUUUCAGACCAAUGAUAUGCCUAUGUUGCUCAAUAUGUGUAAAUUUAUGGAAAAUGGUGGGAUUGAAUCUGGAUAUGUGUUAAAGCCAUAAUGGAUGAGAUCAGAUGGGAAAAAGAAGAUUGGUGAGUUUAGUUCCACUCAAUUAUCCUUCACUCUUAGUUUAUUGGUUGGUUAUAAUCUUAGAUAAUUAAAUAAUUAAAACGCAAAGGUUAACCCUUAAAUUAAGAUUUCAAUACGAGGUCUGUUAUAGGAUGAAUAAAAUAACAAACCGCAGAUUGCAACCAUCUCAUAAAGUGGAUUAAAUCCUUAAUUUAAUUUUAUCUAUAAAUACAAUAUAAAAUGCCCAGACUUGGCAUUUUUGAUAUUUGAGGUACUCGAUGCCAGCAAAAACUUCUUAGGAUGGAGUGCCAUACCUCUCUCGUGCAUGUCUUUUGGCUAUAGGGCUGUUUAACUACUGAGUCAAUACUUAAAGCCUUUGCCAAAGAGUUGCCUCCUUGUUCAUGUUCAAAAAAACACUGACUGA